AUGAACCAGAAAGUAUCUUGUGUGCUUUGUGGUGCUCCAAUCUUUGAGCCUGAGCCCGAAGAUCCAUCAAGCAAGUGGAUGAGCUCUUUUCGCGCACUGUACACGGUCUGGGAAGAUUGGUCCCAAGCGCGAAUAUCGGGUGUCGGGCGAUGCAGCUGGCGUAAUAUGAUUCCGCUAGAUCAAGCGGUGGCAAGACAAGCUCCGUCGGCCAUCGUCGACGGAGUCUGGUUGAAGGUUAACCUCUUGAUGCACCUUUUCGACCCAGCGCUUCAUGUUGAGUGGAACCCACAGACUGUGUGGGGGUUUCCGCUCCAUGAUUGUUGCUGGCAUCUACUUCGUUUAAACGACCCUGAGGUCCCGGAGCAUGUAGCGGUCCAGAAUCUCUUUGACCUUUGCAGGUCUCAACCGGUUCAGCAGCAUAAAACAAUGGACUGGGGUCAUGAUUAUGCAGGCUUGCUGGCGUAUGAACUGGCACCAACAGCCGCUUGUCCUGGAGAAUCCGCCAUUCUGAGUAGAAGGCCCUUGAUUGGUGAGACUCACUUGCCUGACCCUAUCAACAUUCCAGAGCUCCAGUCGGUUCUCGAUCAGGAGUGCUUGGAGUUGGCCUCCGAUCACUCUAGCCAGUUGGUAUCUUCCAAUAUCAGCCAAGAUCCUUUCGCGAUUUUCCCGCACGAGAUCCUCGUUGAAAUUUUGGCCGACCUCGAUUCUGCGGAUGUUGUCUCUUUAUUGAUCGCCUCCAGAAUGUUCGCGAGUUCAGGGCUGCCGGGACCAUUCUGGCACUCACGUUUCUGGCCCGGCAAGGAGUUCUCUCACAUUUUUGAGCUUUGCGGACAGGGAUCGUCGGCUCCUAGAAACUGGCGCCGGACAUAUGGGCUACUCAAAACAAUCAACGAUAAUCCGGCUUUAGAGAACCGAAGACGCAUCUGGGGCCUGGCUUCUAGGCUGAAUACGUUGAUACGCGUCCGGACACAGCUGAAAGCUUGCGAAGGUAUCACUAUCGGGCCAAGCGAGGGAUGUGAGAGCAGAAAACCGCACCGCUGGAAUCAGCACAUGGGAAAUGUGUCUCCUUUCUGCAGCUACUUUACUCGAGGCUCAAGGGCGCUCUAUUACAGAAAGUCCCUUCUAGAAGGAUGCGUCAAGGAGAUCACCGUCUCAGUCAACCACCUCAAUGGAAGGACUUAUAUCUGUGGGCUCUCCUUUGCUCAUCAGCAAGGGAUUACAAGUAUCGGCAACCAUCCCGCAAUGAACAUGGUCCUGUUGAGGACAGAUGGAGCCGGGGCCGCACGACUACGUGAUACAAGGUUAUGGUACCCAGAGAUUCCGGGUCCAUGUCUCCAUCUUACGGGAGCUGAGCAUGAGAGGCUUGUGGAAUACAGGGGAGUCCUUCCACACUCUGUAUGCAUGUUCGGGGGGCCAGAUGGAGCAUGGCUACCUCAUCUCACGGAAGUAAUUGUAUGGGGCAUCGAUCGCUCUUCUCUUGGCGAAACCGGCAACAACACCCUGGUAUUCGGAAUCGAAUUCAAAUAUAACAAGGGAGUCGAUGAUGGCCGAGAUUCAAUAGUACUUGGGCAUACCUCUGCGUCGUAUAUGGCCGCACCUUAUUCAAGUGCACAUCGUAUCUUGAUCGACUCGCCAGGUGGUGAGCGUAUCACUGGGAUUGACGUCAUGUACCAAGACCCGGAUCAAAUGGCUGGUUUCAUCGUUUACACAUCUUCCGGCCGGAGAAAGGAAUUCCCGCCUCAUUGUAAGCAUUACAUUCAAGUGGAUGCCGAAGACGAAGUGGAUGCUGAAGACGGGUGCGAUGACUUUUCCGAAGAGCUUCGACCACCAUCGGAGACUUGUAUAGUAGGAUUGUAUUCCACUCUGGAACAUAACGAUAUCGGGGCAAGAAGCAGUUAUGAUAAGGUACUCAUGGACUUGGGAGUGGUUUGUGCAACGAAAGUAUGA